AUUCACACCAUUGUUGAAUCCUUCAAAAAAAACCGCAACAAUGUCAUCAUCAACCAAGCCACCGCACUACGCCACAAGCGGUUUGGUGAUAGGUUACGCUCUCUGUUCAAGCUUGUUAGCGAUAAUCAACAAAUACGCCAUCACUCAAUUCAACUACCCUGGUCUCUUAACCGCUUUACAGUACCUCACUUCAGCUCUCGGCGUUUACCUUUUCGGAAAAUUAGGGUUUCUUCAUCACGAUCCUUUCACCAUUCCGAUCGCCAAGAAAUUCUUCCCUGCCGCACUCGUUUUCUUCCUCGCUAUCUUCACCAACACGAAUCUACUCCGUCACGCUAACGUUGAUACCUUCAUUGUUUUCAGAUCUCUUACCCCUCUUCUUGUUGCUCUCGCUGAUACCGCUUUUCGAGGUCAACCUUCGCCUUCUAACCUUACUUUUUUCUCGCUUGUUGUUAUUCUUGCUGGUGCCGUUGGUUAUGUUGCUACCGAUUCGGGUUUUACUCUUACCGCUUAUUCAUGGGCUUUUGCUUAUUUGGUUACGAUUACUACUGAGAUGGUUUAUAUCAAGCAUAUGGUUAUGAGUCUUGGGUUGAAUACUUGGGGUUUUGUUCUUUAUAACAAUGUCUUGUCUUUAAUGAUUGCUCCUUUCUUUUGGUUUCUAACUGGAGAGAAUUUUGAGGUUUCGAAUGCGAUUAAUUCGAGUACCGGGAGUUUGUUUGAGAUGAAUGCGUUUCUUGCGGUUUCUUUGUCUUGUGUGUUUGGUUUGCUUAUCAGUUUCUUUGGAUUUGCUGCGAGAAAAGCGGUUUCGGCUACUGCUUUUACGGUUACUGGGGUUGUGAAUAAGUUUCUCACGGUGGCUAUUAAUGUGACGAUUUGGGAUAAGCAUGCUAGUCCUGCUGGUCUGGUUUGUUUGCUUUUUACUAUAAUUGGGGGAGUUCUUUAUCAGCAAUCGGUUACUGGGAAUUGUUCAAUGCUAUCAGUAUGAAAAAACCCUGUUAUU